GCUUCCUGCGGGCGCGCUCAGCCUGGACGCGCGUUUGUUUGCAGUGGAGACGGGCUACUGAGCGGCUCCUUGGAGGUCCGCGGGCGAGGCCACGCUAGCGGGUGCGGGCUCCGGGGGGCCUUGCGCCACGCCCCGGCGCGGUUCCCGGCUCCGGGUGCGAGCAGUGGAGUUCAGCAUCAGUCAGCUCCUUCCGGCUCAAGCGGCGCGGUGCGGUGCGGGCGGGCAGCUGCGGCUCGCGCUCACCGCGGGCACAGCUCACGGAAGGGGCGCAGGGCCCGUGGGCAGAGCGCGCGGCGACGCCCAGCCCACGGUUAGCUGCACCGGCUGGCGACCCUCCCUAGGGACCCUUCCCGGCCCCAGCCACCUCUGCGGGUCCUCGCCGCGCGCCUCGGGUUGCUGCUUCCUCGAUGCCCGGUUCUCCGUCCGCCGCCAGGUUGCAUCGACUUCCCACGAUUCUAGAAGACAAUUUAAGGGUAGCACAAAGGACCGAGUUGUGGACAAAGAUGCAGCCAAGAGUUUGCUUAUGAUUUGGAGGAGCACAAGCUUACUUAGAACCUUCUUAGAAUCGAUUCUAUAGGUCGCAUUAAAAGGCAUAUGAAUCAGACCUGGGCACCAUCUGUACCUUACCUGGGAGCCUACAGUUUUCUCAUCGUGAAAUCUUGAUGGAUUUGACUCUUGCUUUUUGGCAACUCCUGGACAGGAAAAAUGCCAAUAAUCAGACUGGGACUUGGAAACCAGAAUUUUCAUCUUUUAAAUAGGAGGACAUUUUUGCUGUUGAAACUUACAGCUAGUGUCCUUGCUGUGCUUCUGUUUUGUGAAUUUUUAAUCUAUUACUUAGUGAUCUUUCAAUGUAAUUGGCCUGAAGUGAAAACUCCAGCUCAUCGUGGUAAACAAGAGAAGCUCCAACCUGUGCUGAAAGCCAUGUUUUUGGCUGAUACCCACUUGCUUGGGGAAGUAAGAGGCCACUGGCUGGAUAAAUUACGAAGGGAGUGGCAAAUGGAGAGAGCCUUCCAGACGGCCCUGUGGUUGUUGCAGCCGGAAGUCGUCUUCAUUCUGGGGGACAUCUUUGAUGAAGGGAAGUGGAGCUCCCCCCAGGCCUGGGCAGACGAUGUCGCCAGGUUUCAGAAAAUGUUCCGACAUCCGCAGCACGUGCAGCUGAAGGUGGUUGCUGGCAACCAUGACAUUGGCUUCCACUAUCAGAUGGACGCAUACAAAAUAAAACGUUUUGAGAAAGUUUUCAACCCUGAGAGGCUGUUUUCUUGGAAAGGAAUUAAUUUUGUGAUGGUCAACAGCGUUGCCCUGGAAGGGGACAACUGUAGAAUUUGCUCUGAAGCAGAAGCUGAACUCACUGAAAUUUCUCACAGACUGAACUGCUCUCGAGAGGAACAUCACCCCAGUCAGUGUGGAGACAGGCUGCCAGCGUCAGCUCCAAUCCUGCUGCAGCACUUCCCACUUUACCGGAGAAGUGAUGCUAACUGUUCUGGAGAGGAUGCAGCACCCCCAGAAGAAAGAGGCAUCCCCUUCAAGGAGAGAUACGAUGUGCUUUCUCGGGAGGCUUCACAAAAGCUGUUAUGGUGGCUGCAGCCGCGGCUGGUCCUGAGCGGCCACACGCACAGCGCAUGCGAGGUGUUCCACGGGGCCGGCCUGCUGGAGCUCAGCGUGCCUUCCUUUAGUUGGAGGAACAGAAACAACCCCAGCUUCAUUAUGGGCAGCGUGACACCCACGGGGUAUGCUCUCGCCAAAUGUUUCCUCCCCUUGGAACACACAGUUCUGAUCACAUACUGCGGAGCGGCUGGCUUCCUGGUGGUCCUCAUAUUAACUUACUUGCAGCUAAUAACCUCACCUCUUCAUUUAGGUUGGAACCUGCUUAAAAAAUAUAAGACAAAGUAAAGAGCAGGAAACUUCUGCAUUUAGUAAUAAAUAUCAAAGUCAAAGAAACUGAACUCUGGGUGUUGUGCCUAUCAGGUGAGGCCAAAGUAGGCUGUCUCUAUGCCCAUCAUAGAAAUUCUAAAUCACUGAUGCAAACCAUGGCAGAAUAAAUAGUUGAUUGUACUGUUCUCAUGCUAUAAAAAUGGAACAUGUACUCUAAACAAAUCUGUUUUCUCAUUUUAUCAAAUAUAUGUAUAAUCAAAGAUUGUAUCUGUACAGUAUGUAAAAGCUAUUAAUGUCAUCACUUGCAUGCACUAGGUAGUCUUUCCUUCCCCAGGAUGGAGCGAGCAACUCUGGAACACACUUGAGAUUAGGUGUCCACAGACCUGGGGUUUGCUUCUGUCCACCCAUGAAGUGGUUCUCAAAUUCCUAUAAAUUAUAAGGCUGUAAACUUAAAAAUAUAAAUGCUACAAGAAGUAAUGUAUUGUUUUCACAGACUUUCAUAUUUUUUGUGCUAAAUUAAUGGAAUCAUAUUUUUAGAUAAAUAUUAUUGUCUCUUCAACAGAUGAAGUUUUUAAAUCUGAAUUUUAAUGCUUGUCAAUGACCAAAAGAAACCUGAAAAUUAGACUAGUAAAUGUCUUGAUGACUUUAAGCUAGAUAGAAUGUAAUUUUCUUGAGUCUAGCUCUUUAACUUUUAAAAUGAAAAAAGGGAAUUAUUGAGUAGUAAUGCACAAAACAGUACACAACACUUCUGUGUAUGUGAGGGUAUAUAUUUUUCAUUUAGUCUUCAUGUUUUACUUAAAAGUGCAACAGGAACUGUUUUAUUUCUACUUUAUAUGUCUCAGUUCAAAUGAGAGUUUCAUGAAGUGGUUAAAUGGACAGGGGUAAAAAUUGGCUGAUAAUGAAAUAAAAUGUUUGCUGUAUUGACUGUAAAGUUGUCAUCCUGUCUUUUUUUUGAAAAGUAGCAUUUAAAAUCUAGAAGAGUAUAUAAAGGAUUCUAAAAUUUUUAUUAUAGAGUAAACUUUAAAAUAUUGAACAGAGAGUGAAAAGACUAAAAGGAAUGAAUGAAGUGAUGCAGGCUAGGCUAUCGCUUCUCUGGAUCUGUGUUGAAAUGCACUUUGGACAUUUCUACACAUUAUCUUCCAACUAAGGGAACUACCCUCAAAACUGUGGCUGUGGUGAGAAUAUGAAUUGUCAGUGCCACUGUGAUUUUGCUUUCCAGAUACUGAGUCAUAAUGUUCCAGGCUGCAUUUAUUAAUCUUUGAAGUGUGAAAAGAAAGCCAUAUAUUUUGGCUUUAUAUGUCAAACAAAGGUCUUGUAAUGAUUUUUCUUUAAAAGUGAAGAUGUUCUUAUUUCAUUCUUCUAGGCCAGACACAAGCAUUGGCAUCUUUUGGUGCUUUCUUGCUAACGUCUCCAUAAUAGCAAAAUAAUCAAAAGAUGUAUGGUCUGGAGGGGGGAAAAAAAAACCCUUGGUUCCCUGUGAUGUUUUGUAAGAUGUGUAUGAUCAUGUGUUUACUAUAUGCAUAUGUGCAUAUAUGUAUAGUUAUAUAUACAUAUAUAUAUAUAAAAUCAAGGAGUAUUUUAAAAAGUACCAACCUGACAAAACAUCCUAAAUUCUACAGAUACCAUUCAUUCCCUUUUUCAGAGCAAGCGGCAGAUAAUGUUGACAUUUAGCUGUUCAGCACAAUAAAAACACAUUUCUUUUACAGAUGUAGUAGCCAUGAUCAAGGCACAAAAAUCUACAAGGAUUUUUCUUUAGUAGUUAUACAAAAUAAUAUUACAUUUUGUGGCCUGUACAAUAUAACAAACCAGCAGUAACAACAACAACAACAAAAAUAUGAGAGAGGAGACUAUGGCCCAAGCAGAGUGAACUCUGGAGAAUCCGUUUUGGAU